AGAUAAAAAUGUUUAUUGAUGGAAUUCAGUGCUUAUGUACAUUUUACGAAAUGCUCUUUUUUAUAUGUAUGUAGUUGGUGGUGAUGCUCAAUACAUUAACUUAAGUGUACAUCACCAGCUAAAUACAAGACUACCUAGCCAUCGUUUAGCUACCUAGCGACAUCACUGCCCAUUGUUUUGGUCUGCACUGCAGACGGAAGACCUAGUGGACCUUGUUCUCCAAACUGUUGCUAGCAAUAUAUUAUGUGCUGAUCAAGCAAUCGCGUAGCAAAAACAGCUAAUUGCAGCUGCAGAUUUUAUAGUUUCCGUUGUGUUAUCGUGGUGCAUCCUUCCUGUACAUGACGGUGCCGCUAUAUCGAAAGGAUACGGAAGUGUAGGAACUCCGCGUGAGAGUGAACAGAGUGCACAUAUCACCACAUAACUGCUCCCUGCUCUCCUGGGUGUGUGUGGGACAGCUGCAUGCGGCGCUAACGCACCACACACACACCCCACAGAUGGAGAAGAGAGAGAGGAAGCCAGGCUACUUUGCCAGGCUGAAAAGGCGGAGACAGCUAAAGCAGAGCCAAUCAGAGAAGGGCGUGGCUCAGCAGAACCCAUCUGAUUCGCCGAUAAUUUCCUGUCCAGAAGCCCCUGCUCUGAAGCAGGGAGACCCUGUAGGAGACGACACACACCUUCCACAGCGCCCAGAUGAGAGGGACAGCUCUAACAGCCAGUCUAAGAGAGAGAAGAGGAGACCUCCAGGGACAGUGGAGUACACCGUGGAGCCCCAGGACACACUGAACAUCGUUGCUUUGAAGUUCAACAUCACCCCCAACCAGCUGGUCCAGAUCAACAAGCUGUUCUCCCAAAGCAUCUACCCUGGACAGAAGCUCUUCGUUCCUGACGCAGAACAAUCGAAACCGGACUCGAAGGGUUCCUGCGAUCCUGCCUCGACCAAUGGGCAGCCGGAGAAAGGGUCACAGGUGAGUGAUGUGCUUCUGAAUGAGAGAUGA